UAUUUAUAUAUUUAUCAACAGAUGGAUUUUGACAUCUCGUGUCCAAGAUGCAAAACAUCGCGUUAUAGAAAUCCAUCAUUAAAACUUUUAGUAAACACAUGUGGACACACAUUAUGUGAGUCAUGUGUAGAUUUGAUUUUUGGAACAAGGGCAUCAGGUCAUUGCCCAGAAUGUCACAUAACUUUAAAAAGAUCCCAAUAUCAUUUACAAGUAUUUCAGGAUUCGUCAGUGGAAAGAGAGGUAGAAAUAAGAAAAAGAUUAUCAAAAGAAGUUUUCAAUAAAACAGAAGAAGAUUUCAAUAGUUUAAAGGAAUUUAAUAAUUAUUUAGAAUUUGUUGAAGAUAUUGUAUUUGAACUUCUCGAUUCCCAUCAAAGAACUACAGAUUUAUUAAUUGAAACAGCUAAAAAGAAAAUAGAGCAGUAUAAAAAAGAAAAUAAAGAAUCAAUUCUAAAGAAUAAAGGGAAAUUGAGCCAAGACCAAGAAUUCUUGCGUGAACUGAUCGAAGAAGAAAAAUCUCAAUAUUCCUUGAUCAACGCCGCUGCCAUUAAUAACCCAAUGGGCGGAGACUUAACUAAAUCCAACUCCUCUCACCUUAUUAUAUCGGAUAGCAGCGAUAAUCGCAGCCUUAAGGACCCCAAGCCCAAAAAUAGGACUGCAGAAUACAACGAAAAAUUGUUAUACGAGCUGGCUAAUAGCGAUUUACCAGCCGAUAUAAUCGUUAAAACACACGAGAUGAGGUUCCGGAAUCUAGGAAAUAAUGUGGAUGAAGGAGUCACCAUGGAUGUUCACAUCGAAGGCGGAAAGGAACUCAAGGACAUGAUUUUGGCUAGCCACCGGACAGGCAACAAAACUUCGUCAUUGCUGCACUCCUUUCCUUCAAUGGUCGAUGACGAAUACGUCAAUUACAGCGGGGUCAAGUUUAUGGAAGAAGAGGAUGAUGACGCCUUGCUGAUUCCUUACGAAUACAAGCCCUUUCAGGAAUACAACUACGGCUCAGACGUUCCGGAUAUAGAUAAUUUGAAAGCUUUGGGAUUUUUGCACAACGUUCGAGCCGCUACAAAUUUAGACAAAAGCGGUGGUUAUUCGGAAAAAUACGCGUGUCACAGAGCUUUGCAGGAGGCGUUUUGUGGGUUAUUUUAUUCGCCUCCGAUUAAUUAUUAAAAUUGAUAAAAUGUUAUUAUACGCCAUUUUGUUAUAUAAAAAUUUUUUAUCUUUGUAUUAUAUUGUGAUGAAUAAAUGAACAUUGUUUUUUUAUA